AUGCCGAUAUCAGUGUCCAGCUUUGCGCAGAUACAACAGCGUCUCCUUCUGGCCGAGCAUGAAGAUGAGAUAGCGUCUUCUCCGCUGUCCUCUAGCUCUGCUGCUGCAUCGGCUUCCACCCGACGAGCUCUGCAGAAUGCUGGCCAUGCACUCACUGGUAUGGUCCUCACCAACUGCCGGACAGGUAUGGGAGGUCGAGAAGUAGGCGAAUUCAGUCUUGAUACCGCUCUCUCGGGCUCUGGGCGGUCAAAGGGCGCCAGCAAAGACGAAGAUAAUACCCGACUAGGUGUCCAUGGCAUCACGGUGGGAGAUAUCGUCCGUGUCGAGGAGAUUUCCUCUGGCAAGACCACAACCAAAUCUAAGGCCGGGCAAGACGAUGAGAAGAGCCAUAGAGGCCUCGAAGGCGUCGUGACUCGUGUUGGCGAGAGAGCUAUCUGGGCUGCCUUUGGGGAUCGAGGCAAAGGGAAGCAAGAUGAAGACGGCGUCGACGAGCUGUGGGGGCGCAAGCUCUGGCUAGUCAAACUGGCGAACGAUGUUACCUACAGACGAAUGAACAUGACCAUGAUGAAACUAGAAAAGAUGCAAGAAUCAGAAUAUUCCCAGCUCAUCCGAGUGCUAUUCGGGCAUACUACACCCUCACCCCUGGACUUUGAAUCCGUUGGUCAGCUGGAGUUCAUGGAUGGAUCCCUUAAUGGCUCCCAGAAAGAAGCCAUCCGGUUUGCUCUUGCAUCAAGAGAGAUAGCACUCAUCCAUGGGCCACCAGGCACAGGAAAGACUCAUACGCUCAUUGAACUGAUUCGCCAGCUGGUCCAACGCAAAAAGAGGGUUUUGGUCUGCGGUCCGUCAAACAUCUCUGUCGACAAUAUAGUCGAGCGUCUUGCCUCUCAAAAAGUAUCCUUGGUUCGGAUAGGGCAUCCAGCACGUCUACUGUCAUCAGUUCUAGACCAUUCACUAGAAGUCCUGUCUCAAACGUCUGAAGCUGCUGCAAUAGUGAAGGAUGUUAGGAAGGAGAUUGAUUUAAAACAAGCUAGUAUUCGCAAGACCAGGAACGGGAGGGAGCGUCGAGCUAUAUACGGUGAUCUUAGAGAACUCCGCAAAGAAUUCAGAGAACGCGAAUCGAAAUGCGUCGACAAUAUCGUCUCCGGUAGCCAGGUGGUUCUCGGCACACUUCACGGGGCUGGAGGACAUCAACUCAAAAAUCAGAAAUUUGACGUCGUAAUUAUUGACGAAGCGAGUCAGGCAAGGGAAGCUCAGUGCUGGAUCCCACUGCUCUCUGCUAGCAAAGUUAUAUUGGCAGGAGACCAUCUCCAGCUGCCUCCAACAAUCAAGUCAAGGUCGUCAAGCAAGCCAGGUCAGAACAACUCUGCGUUAUGGGACAAGGAAGACCUUGAUCUUACCGAAUUAUCAAAUAAGUUUGACAUGCGGAACUUGGAGAUAACGCUCUUUGACAGGCUACUUUCACUCCAUGGCACAGCCAUAAAAAGGAUGCUCACUACUCAAUACCGCAUGCAUCAGAAGAUUAUGGACUUCCCCUCCGGUGAACUAUAUGAAUCCAAACUCAUAGCAGCUGACGCUGUUAGGGAAAGACUCCUUAAGGAUCUCCCAUAUGAAAUCGAGGAUAUAGACGAUACCAUAGAACCUUUGGUCUUCUACGACACGCAGGGAGGAGAUUUCCUUGAGAAAUCACCGGAUUCAACUAGUAUUUCUGCCAAGUCCCUCCUCGUGGAAAGUAAAUGUAACGACAUGGAGGCGGAGGUCGUCGCGAGACAUGUUGAGAAUUUGGUUUCUGCCGGUGUCAGGCCGGAAGACAUCGCUGUUAUCACACCUUAUAAUGCGCAGGUUGCUUUAUUAUCGCAACUUUUAAAACAGAAGUUCCCUACCCUUGAACUCGGUAGUGUGGAUGGUUUCCAAGGCCGUGAAAAGGAGGCAGUGGUUGUAAGUCUGGUCAGGAGCAACUCGGACCAUGAAGUAGGAUUCUUGGGAGAAAAAAGGAGAUUGAAUGCAGUUGCAAUGACCCGACCGCGGCGACACCUAUGUAUCUGUGGAGAUUCGGAAACCGUUGGCAGUGGAUCACCCUUUCUGAAGAGAUGGAUGGCUUUCUUAGAAGAAAAUGCCGACCUCAGAUACCCUGAUAUCAGCGAAUUUGCAAACUAA